AUGCCAGCUUCUGAUUCCAUGUUUCUGCUUUGCCGUCGCUACCAACGAAGCAGCACGGAGCUCGUCAUCUACUCACGCGAUGUGAAACAGUGCGUCGAAAUAGCUUAUCCAGUUUCCCGCACAACUAGAACUCGUGUAACACCCGCGGGCAUUGCCCAAUUUUUGCGACGUAGGCGCACUUCUUGGGAGUGCUUCUGCAGUGCCGUGGAGGAGUGUGCAACUCCUGUUCGUUUUGUAUCGACAAUGAAUGGAUUCACGAAAGCUGUGUGUUAUUUCCGCAAUAACAAGUGCGGUUUUUCAAUCAAUCUCAACGAGACGUGUCACACUGCGCACCAUAUUUCAACCUAUGAGGAUUGGCCUGUGUUUCAAGCUGCCGCCAACACUGCCGCUCUCGUAACUAGGUUUGAACUUCGAUGGCUGAAUUCACCUCUCCGUCAUUCAGAAAUCGCGCCAUACUUUAUGGACUAUCUCGGUGCCCAUCAGUCCAUUCAUCCUUCACAAACAUGGACUCGUACAGUCUCUGCCAUUCCUGCUCGCACUAAUAAUAACAGGCGUCGUCAUUCUGCUGUCUUUCCCACUGCGAGAGAUCAGUUGCUUGGCCAUGCACAUCACCCAGUGCAACACCCAAUGCAACAUGUUGAGCCUGAUGCUCUCGUAGUUCCUCCUGAAGAUGUUCCUGACUUACCCAUGGUCCAGGAAGGCCCUAUCCUGUCUCCGAACGAGCAGGAUCACUUGUUUAAGCUUGCAGCUGGUGGGGGUAUUCAUGAGUUUGAUGCUAAUUGUCUUUUGGAGAAGUGUGAUGGUUGCAGAUGUGUAUUUAUUCCAACCGCACUGAGGUUGCACAUCAUCGAAGGAUGCAGAGAGAGAUAG